AUGGCAGGGCUGGCCGGGGCCGGCGCCGGUGACCACCAUGACGUUUUGACGGAGGCCGCGGAUGCUGGUCGCGGCAUGAUGGAGGCGGCGGUGAGCAGCGUCCCGGCAGUGGCUGGGGUUCAUGGUGAGUCGACGCCGGGGGACACGCCGUUGUCGGUCUCCAUCAACGUGCCGGCCUCUCGGUCCGGGCUCCACUCCGGCAUAAAGGCUCGCACCAGCGUCGCCGGCGCCGUGCCAGAUGACACGGAGGUUCAGCAGCCUCGGCUCCAUGCGCAGCCAGAGGUGCCACGGAGCGACAGCACCCGCGAGAGGGACCGUCGGUUCGACCAAUUCAAGACCUUCAACGGCGGCCUUGAGCGGCAGCUCUCUAGCCUUCGACGAGUGCCGGAGGAUCCGUCGGUGGCUGACUCCGCUUCCAAUAACUCCGACGACGACGUGCCCACGGCCGACCGCUACUUCGCCGCGCUCGAAGGCCCCGAGCUCGACACCCUUCGCCCGACGGAGGUGGCGGUGCUGCCCAAGGACGAGCAAUGGCCGUUCCUUCUCCGGUUCCCAAUCAGCGCGUUCGGCAUGUGCCUCGGCGUGAACAGCCAGGCCAUGUUGUGGAAGACGCUCGAGACGGAGCCUUCCAUGGCGUUCCUGCACGUGCACCCCACCGCCAACUACGUCUUCUGGUGGGUCUCCGUCGCCCUCACCGUCGUCGUCUCCAUCACCUACCUCCUCAAGGUCGUCUUCUACUACGAGGCCGUCCGCCGUGAGUUCCACCACCCAGUGCGAGUCAACUUCUUCUUCGCUCCAUGGAUCGCAUGUCUCUUCCUCGUGAAGGGGGAGCCACGCCCGGUAUGGGAGAUCCACCACGUCGUCUACAACCUCCUCAUGUUGCCCAUCCUCUGUCUCGACCUCAAGAUCUACGGCCAGUGGAUGUCCAGUGGUGAGCGGCGCCUCUCCAAGGUAGCAAACCCAUCCAACCACCUUGCCGUCGUCGGCAACUUUGUGGGCGCGCUGCUCGGCGCCAAGAUGGGCCUCACUGAGCUACCCAUCUUCUUCUUCGGCGUCGGGCUCGCGCACUACGCCGUUCUCUUCGUCACCCUAUACCAGAGGCUCCCCACCAACGUGCAGCUCCCCAAGGAGCUCCACCCAGUCUUCUUCCUCUUCGUCGCAGCGCCGAGCGUCGCGUCCAUGGCAUGGGCGAGGAUCUCUGGCGAGUUCAGCGAUGCCGCCAAGCUCCUUUACUUCGUCUCCCUCUUCCUCUACGUGUCGCUCGUGGUGCGCAUCAACCUCUUUACAGGGUUUAGGUUCUCGUUGGCAUGGUGGGCGUACACAUUCCCGAUGACAAGCGUGGCCCUAGCGACGGCCUUGUAUGCGUCGGAGGUGGACAACCUGUUGACGCGGGCGCUGGCGGUGGGGCUGUCGGCGAUCGCUGUUGUGACGGUCACCGCCGUGCUGGCCACCACCGUGUAUCAUGCCUUCGUGCGUGGGGAUCUCUUCCCCAAUGACGUGUCCAUUGCCAUCACGAGACAGAAGCCCAAGUUCAGCAACAUCCUCACGCACAUUCGGUCCUCCGGCUCAGACGUCAAGGAUCUCGUCCUCUCCAUCCCCAAUUUCAAUUCCAAUUCCAAGCACUCCAGUAGCUCCAGCUCGAGGGCGAGCAACAACACGAGUGAGUGCCCGGUGAUGGCGCACAUGCACGGUAGAGGGUUUGAUGGUCGGUGUACAACUGGUUGCAGACAAGGGAGGCGAGGCCGGGGCGUGCGCGGGGGCGGGCGCGGCGGGAGCGGGGCCGGCAGGGGCGAGCGCCGGGGCGGCCGGGGCGUGCGCGGCGGGAGCGGGGCCGGCAGGGGCGAGCGCCGGGGCGUGCGCGGCGGCGGGCGCGGCGGGAGCGGGGCCGACAGGGGCGAGCGCGGGGCCGGCAGGGGCGAGCGCAGGGGCGGCAAGGGCAUGCGCGGCGGCGGGCGCGACGGCCAGCGGGGGCGCGGCGGCGGCUGGGGAAGAUCAGAGGAGACCGCAGACGAUGACGCACUCGGGGAGGCCGGCGAGUCCUGUGGCGCCACGUGGAGCGACAGGUCGGCAGAAGAACCGACCGGGGCAGUCUCCUGGCGGGGCGUGUCGACCACGACAGAAACCACCUGGGGCCGGUCGGGUGGGUGGGCACCGGACCGCGCCAGACCCGAGGUGGAGGCGUCCGGUCCAGGCGAUGUUGACGCGGCGCUACCUGACCCCGAGGCCGGAUCGGGAGUCGUGGCAGGAGGCGAUAGGGGCGCAGAGACCAGCAGGGGUUCGCUGGUGGCACGAGAUCCCGAGGGGGGAGCGUCGGAGGCGCCACCCGAGACCGGAUCUGGAGACGUGGAAGGAGGCGGUUGGGGCGCGGAAAUCGACAAGGAUCCGCUCAUGCGUCGGGAUCCCGAGGCUGGAAUGUCGGGGAUACCAGCCCCGUUUUCAGCGCCAGCCGGAGGGGCCGAUCCCGAGGCUGAUUUGGCAGGAAGAUCAGCCCCGUUUUCAGCGCCGGCUGGAUCUUCUGUGGAGGCCGCAUCUGGAGGAGAAUAUGCACACAUAAAAUCAUGA